AAAGGAUAUUAUAAUCUGAGAGAAUCCACGGAUUUGAUACGCAGGAAUUAGUAGAAAUUGAUGGAAUGAAUCAAAAUCCGCGCUCUGCCUCUGUGCAUGCACAACAUUUGCAAAAAAACCUCCUUUUUUGGCAAAUGUAAUUAAUUGAAGUGUAUUUCAGGGAACGGUGAAAUGGGGUCUACUGGUAUUGAUGAUUCGUCGCAGAAAGCGAUUGAGCCGGAGUUGGUUGAUAUUGGGAAUAAACUUAUCCGGCGCCCUUCAUCAACUGUUGAGCUACUCAUGCUACUCGAUGAAGCAGAAAGCCUUUUAGCCAAGGUAUGGCAACAGCCUCCCAGGUCUACAUGCAAAGCGCUUCUUCAGACAAUGAAGGCGCUUAUCACUGAUGAAUUAUUGCACAACGAUGAUUUAAAUGUCCAAGUUGCAGUUGCAUCUUGCUGUAAUGAGCUCACCAGAAUAACUGCUCCAGAUUUCCCUUAUGAAGAUGACACAAUGAGGGAAAUUUUCCAACUAUUUAUGAUUGCUUUUGAGCAAUUGCCUUGUGAGUCAAGCCGCAAUUACUACAGGGCUUUGCAUAUUGUUGGAACUGUUGCAAAAGUAAGAUCAUCGCUGAUGUUACUGGAUGUAGAUACUGAUGGGCUGGUUGUCGAGAUGUUCCGACUUUUUCUUAACAACAUUGGGUCCAACAACCCUUCCGACGUCUUCAAAUACAUGGAAAUGAUCAUGACUAUGGUGAUAGAAGAAAGUGAUGAUAUAUCAUUUAAUCUCCUAAGGCCCCUUCUAGCUAGUGUCAAAAUGCAAAAUAGGGAUAUUUCACCUAUAUCGUGGGAAUUGGGGAAAAAAGUCUUAGAAAAUUGUGAAACUAAACUCCAGAGUUAUCUCAGAGAAGCAGCAAAGGCAAUGAAUCUGGAAUUUGGUGAUUAUGCUGAAAUAGUUGCUUACAUAUGCCAUGAAACAUCCAACGAUAAUAACAAGGUAUCAAAGGAAGUCUCGCCUGCUGCUGCUGGUGUGGUAAUCCAAACAGAUCGAAUUUCAAAGUCUGUGUAUUAAAUUUCCUCUCUGCAAACUGAUGAUGGUAAUGUAACUAAGCUGGGCAGUGAAAAUUUAUCG